CAAUCAACAAAACUCUCUCUUUCUCCAAACCAGAAAUUCAAAUUGGGAUUUUACCUGAAAACUUUUGAACAAACUCAAAAAUCAAAAUGGGUCUUUGUGUGUCUGUUAAUCGAAAUGAGUACGAUUCUUCGCCGUCGACGGCUAAAAUCGUGACUAUUAACGGCGAUCUCCAUGAAUACGAUGUACCGGUGUUAGCAUCUCAGGUUCUGGAAUCUGAAUCGACGUCUUCUUCUUCAUCGUCUUCGUCUCGAUCUUCUUCUUAUUUUCUCUGUAAUUCCGAUUCUCUCUACUACGACGAUUUUAUCCCGGCGAUUGAAUCUGAUGAGAUUCUUCAAGCGGAUCAAAUCUAUUUCGUUCUUCCGAUCUCUAAACGACAAUACCGUCUCUCGGCGUCGGAUAUGGCGGCUCUCGCCGUGAAAGCCAGCGUUGCUAUGGAGAAAUCAGCGGGGAAGAAAAAUCGCCGUCGUAGAAGCAGCGGAAGAAUCUCGCCGGUUGUGACGUUGAAUCAGCCUAACGAGAAUCGGAUCGCCGCCGUGAACAACAGAAUUGGAGGCGAAGCAACGAUUUUGCAAAAAGGAAAGUUGCCGAAUAGAACGACGCCGUUUAAAGAUACAAACGGUUAUUCCCGGUCUGGUUCGGUACGGAAAUUGAAAAGAUAUACGUCUGGUCGAGCUAAAUUGGCGGUUCGAUCGUUUAGACUGAGACUCUCUACUAUAUACGAAGGCUCUUCGUUUAAUUAGAUCGAAUAAUUAACUAAAGGGAUACAUUUUUUUGUUUGUUCUUGUUAUCGUUACGAAAAUGUUUGUGUAAUGUUUCAAAAUGAUCUGUAAAUUACAGCUUUCACUUUCGCUUUUGUGAUAUAUUAAUUUCCCAUUUUGUUAUGUAAUGUGUACUUAUAUUUUAUAAUUAAGAUAGCUUAAAAAU